AUGGCUAGCAGCAAUCAUCGAACAACUUUGUCUCCAAGUGAACGACAACGAACUAAAAGUCAAUCAUCUUAUCGAUCACAGCGAACAACACCAAAUUCUAUCAUACACGAACAAGAUGCUCAACGAGAAAAAUCAUCUUCACAAAUAUCACGGCAAAGUACUCGAGAAACAAAUCCAGCAAAACGUUCAGAAAGUUCGACAAGUAAUCGAUCAACUAACAUUGCAUCUCCUUUAUCGAAUGCGUCAAGAAAACAAAGAUCGAGUUCAAAAUCAGCAAAAUCACCAACAAAUAAUCGUAAAUCACCGUUGAAAAGAAAAAAGAGACCAAUUAGUGUAGUAAGCUUCGAAAGAGGACCAUUAUCAGAACCAAAUGAUUCUGAAAAACAAGAUUUAAGUUCCCAAGGUCUUUCUAUGGUGCCAGCAGAAAUCUUUGAACUUUCUACUCUACGUCGAUUAAUACUAUCAAAUAAUAAUCUAUCAGGUUUACCACCAUCGAUAAGUUCAUUGGUUAAUCUUGAAUAUCUUGACAUAUCACAUAAUCCAUUACUUGUUAACAAUGGUCACAAUGAUUAUUCAUGUUUUCCACGUGCAUUAGAAAAUUUAAAAAAACUUCAAGCAUUAAUUUUAGCUGAAUGCGGAUUGAAAUAUAUUCCAGUUGCUGUUUGGAAUGCAGUUAGCCUUCAAACACUUGACUUAAGUCGAAAUAAAGUUGGUUAUAUUGUUGGUGAUAUAGGUAAUUUGAUUGACAUUCGACAUUUUCGUUUAUCCUAUAUGAAUCUUGAUACGCUUCCACCUGAAAUUGGUUUUUGUGAUAAAAUGGAAACACUUGAUUUAACAGGAAAUCCAAUUGAUAAUUUACCUGAGACCUUAGUUGAAUGUCGGCAAUUAUAUGAAGUAAAAAUAAAUUUCAAAACUUUCUAUAAAUUACUCGACAGUUAUAUGUUACAAUUAAUUAAUGAAGGAAAAAUUCGUUCGGAACAUAUACCACAAGUUAUAUUUGAACUGGAAAAUUUACGUGUAUUGGAUUUAACAAAUACAAAAAUUAAUUCUAUUACAAAUGAACAUUUACUAUUAAAUCUUACAGAAUUGUAUGUAACGAAUAAUUCAUUUUUCGAUAUACCUGAAUCAAUAUGUACAAUAGAAAAAUUAAAAAUACUUGAUAUGUCAUAUAAUCGUAUUCAAAUUAUACCAGAACAUUUGGCUAGUAUGCAAGAAUUGGAAAUAGUGAAUAUCUCCUAUAAUAAAUUAACUAUAGUUUCUAAGAUUUUUGCUCGUUUCCGAGCACUAAAAAAUUUAACUCUUAGUCAUAAUCAAAUCGAUAUGAUAGAAGAGAAUUUUUCAAAAACUAAAUCUUUAUUAUUACUCGAUUUAUCUUAUAAUAAGCUCGAUCAUCUACCUGAUGAAUUAUGUGAACUCGAACAAUUAGAAACACUUGAUUUACGAUACAAUAAACUUGAAUAUCUGCCAUCAAAUAUUCGUCGUAUGAUUGGAUUUAAAUCAAUGAAUACAUUUAGUUAUGGAAUGCAACGUAGUGGACUUCAUCUCUUAGGUAAUUCAAUUACUAAUCCACCAAGUUAUAUAUGGAAAUCCACAAAUAUACAAACAUUAUUUAAUUAUAUUGAUUCUAAGGAAAAAAAAUUGAUAAAUAAUUUUUAUCAUCUAAAAUUAAUUCUAAUUGGACCGAAAAAUGUUGGCAAAACAAGAUUAGCCAUAAAACUUGUUAAUAAUCGGAAAAAAAUGUCAAAUACACGAACACCUAUUGAUAUGUAUGUUUCAAUAAUUCAACAAAGACCAUCAAACAAUAGUCAACCACAACAAAAAACAACAAGUGAUGGAACAUCCUCGAUAUCUAUCGAUCAAUGGAUUGAAAACCGUAUAUCAACCAGUAACGAUCAUCAUUAUAGUCGACAAUUAAAAACUAAACGAUUACAUCCACCCCCACUUAAAACUUACCAAUCGAUGGAAACAAAAAGGUUGCUUGUAUAUAAAUCAACACUGGUGACAAAUAAUAAUUUUUAUUUUACAAUAAUUGAUAUAGCAAGUGAACCGAGUUUUGAAAUACUUUAUCCAUUAAUAUUUGAUUCAAAUGCUCUCUAUAUAUUACCAGUUAAUUUAACUACACUUUUAAAUAAUUCUGAAACUACCACUAGUUUAGAAAAUCCAAAUGAAUAUAACGAUGAAUCAGUAACCAUUAAUUUUGAUCAAUUAUUGACAAAUGAUUGGUUAUAUAAUCAUAUAUUUCAUUAUCUAGAAUUAAUAUCUGAUCAUUGUCAACAAGUAUCCAUUGCUAUCGUUGGUUUAAUUGAUAGUACAUCGACAGCAACGAAUGAUCAACAACAACAAUUACUUGAUGAAAUACGAUCAAAAGUAAAUACAUUUUUACUCAAUCAAGGAGAUCAACGAGAAAACAUUAAUCUUUGUUCGGAUAAUUUUAUGGAACCAAUUCAAAUAAAUGACGAUGGAAUAGAAUCAUCAUUGAUCGAGCAAUUGGAAGCAGUUGCUCUACAAUGGAAUAUUGUGCAUCACAAACAAAAACAAGAAGUUAUUAAACAACUUUUUACUUUUCUUAAACCUGAUGCUUUAAUUAUUAAUUAUGAUACAUGUUUAAACCAUUUCGAACAACACAAAGAAAACUUGUUAACUUUAUCAGACGACGACAAUGAUGAUGAUGAUGAUGAUGAUAAAAUCGAAAAAAAUAAAGAACUUAAUGACGAAAUAAAUUCAAUGUCUUUCGAUGAAUGUUUGGAUUAUUUAAAAUUAAUUGGAGAAAUUUUUUAUUUUGGCCAAAAAUCGCACAUGAGAAUUCUUUUAAAACCUUAUCAUCUAUUAAAUGAAAUACUAUCUAGUACUUUAUUUCGUCCGAAUAUUGAUCAAUGGUUAAAUUAUGAUAAUAAUAUGGUAUUUCGUUUUUCUGGGUAUUAUCCAUCGCAAAACUUAUUUGAUAUUGAUCGACAACGUUUAUUAACACGUGGUGAAUUUUCAUGGAACAUGUUGAAUGUUUUAUUUUUCGAGCAAAAUACUAAUAAUAUCGGUUUAAUUGAACAAAAUAUAUUUGAUUAUUGUUAUUUAAUGGAACGAUUAUAUCUUGGUUAUUUAAAUCAAGCAAAUCUAAGUCGUAAGAAUAAAUGA